GUGGAAGCGGCCACUGAGGGCGCGGCAUUCUUGCAAUUGUUGCGCCCGGCUCCAACAGAAUAACCAAUAGGAGCCGCGGCAGCGCCGCCAUUCUAUCGAGUUCGUGGCACGCCCUACAACUUCCUCCAUUGUCCUUCUUUCCGGGAUUCUCUGCGAGGAAGGAUGGCUCAGAACAAUUAUUUUGGGUUUACUCACGGCGGAACGCAAUAUGGGGCGACCAGCGCAGCCGCUUAUCAAACGGGUCAAGCGGGAUACGCAGUAACUCCAGCGGCAACCGCCGCCACGUACACUCAACGACCCGCUGCUGCCGCGGCUACAGGGUACGAAACCUACCAAGCAGCAGCCGCUGCAGCUGCUACUGGGACCACAUACGCUGCUGCUAAUCCUGGUACUGUGGCUCAAACAUACGAUUACGGGUACGGUCGUGCUGCGCCUGCAGCUACGUACGACGCGACCAAGACUUAUUACCAACAACCUGCUGCAGCUGCCGCAACAUAUACCACUACUGAAACGCAUUAUCAAGCAGCGAAGCCUGCUUAUAGUACAACUAGUGCUUAUACAGGCACAGCUAGACAAGCUACUACUACUGGACAAGCUAAAACAUACCAAGCAUCGAGCACAGCUUACCAACAGUCCAAUCCUACUCAAAGUGCUACCUAUUCUUCGGGAUAUACAGCACCAGCUACUCCCGCUGCUACACCAUCGACAGCAACAAAUAAAACGGCGAGUACAACGUAUUCCGGCUACGACGCAGCGCUAUAUAGCGCUGCGACUAUGUAUGUAGCCCAACAGAGUGCAAACAGCAAUUCGACUAACCAGAAGACUGGAGGUUGGCAGGGCUACGGACGGAAAGGAUUUGGCGUUGGAGGGGGAGGGAUGAAGGCAAUGCGGCCCAAGCAGCCCCCUAAACCUCAACAACUGCACUAUUGCGAUGUCUGUAAGAUCAGCUGUGCCGGGCCUCAAACCUACCGUGAACAUCUUGAGGGACAAAAACACAAGAAGAAGGAAGCAUCUCUGAAGGUACCACAGCAGCCACCGGCGCGUGGGGCAGGGAAUAGUCUACGUUGCGAGCUUUGCGAUGUCACUUGUACCGGGAACGAUGCGUACGCUGCUCAUAUCAGAGGUGCUAAGCAUCAGAAGGUGGUAAAACUGCAUACUAAACUUGGAAAGCCAAUUCCAAGCGCAGAUCCGACUGUACUGAAUCCAAAACCAGCUGCAACUGCUAAAGCUGCAGGGGCUAAGAAACCUACAGUAACGGCUACCCCUAAAAUCAAUUUUGUUGCAUCUGGAAAUUUGGGUACUGUAAAUCAGAAUCAAACAACAGAAAUUAAGACGGAAGACACUUCAACAGAAGAAACUGUUGAAGAAACCUCUGUCGACGAGAAAGAUAUUCAACCAGUUGGUCAAGAAUAUAUAGAAGAAAAUAAAUCCGAGGAUGGAAAAAUUAUAAGCUUUAAUUGUAAGCUUUGCGAGUGUAGAUUCAAUGAUCCCAAUGCCAAAGAUAUGCAUAUGAAAGGACGGCGGCAUAGAUUUGCUUAUAAGAAGAAGGUUAAUCCUGACUUGGUAGUCGAUAUGAAGCCCAGUUUAAAACAAAGAAAAUUGUUGGAAGAAAAAUUACGUAGGCAACAAAUGAGGGACGAGUAUCUGCGACGUAGAGAGGAAAUUAAUCAACUAGGACCCAUGGGUCCAAUGAUGGACGAAGAAAUGAUGUAUUGGGAGGAAAGACGACGUUACGAGGAAGAAUGCGAAUACUAUGAAUGGUAUCGACGUUAUGGACGUGGACCUGGAGCACCUCCGAUGCCACGUCCUUUCCCAGGACCACCUCCAAUGAUGAUGUUCCCAGGACCUCAGAGAAGGCCGGACUCGUCUGAUGACAAACACGUAUUAGCUCACCACACCACGAUAUACCCUAAGGAACAGGAACUGCUGGCAGUUCAGAAAAUAGUAUCACAUACCGAGAAAGCAUUAAAAUUCGUGUCUGAUACAUUAGCAGAAGCUGGUAAGAAAACGACACCCCCUACAACUAAUGCGACACCAGCAACUGCAAAUGUGCAACAACCGCAGCAGCAGCAGCAACAACAACCACCACCCCCGUCGCAACAGCAACAACAAACAAACGCAGAAGCAACUGUGAAAAUAAAAGAAGAUCCUGAUAAAAAGAAGGCUGCAACACCGCAGAAAGAGGACGGUAGCGACGGUAAUUUAUUCUCAUUCCAAAAGGAAAAAGAAGAUUCAAGAAUACUAAGAGGCGUAAUGCGUGUUGGUAAUUUGGCUAAAGGACUUUUAUUAUCUGGUGAUAAUCAUGUUUGUCUCGUGGUUCUGUGUGCUGAAAAACCAACACGUUCGUUAUUGAAUAAAGUUGCUGAAAUUCUUCCGGCACAGUUGAAGAUAGUCGCGCCAGAGGAUACUUACAACGUUGGAAAGCAUCCCGAAUCAGCGGCAUUGACCGUUUCAGGAGGCAGCGUGACCGUCAGCGUAACGCUCACCAGCCCUCUAAUGCGUGAAACGCCUAAACCAGCAGCAGCUGCAGAUAAUGCUGGACAGCAGCAACAGGGAGCUGCUCAACCGCAAACAACGCCUACGGCGCCCGCUGUGACGAAACCAGAUCCACCAGAUGUACUUCCCAAGGCUAAGUGUUUGGAGGCUUUAGCUGCACUCAGGCAUGCCAAGUGGUUUCAGGCUAGAGCAACUUCGCUGCAGAGCUGUGUAAUGGUCAUUCGCAUAAUGCGUGAUCUUUGUAACCGUGUACCCACUUGGGGACCAUUAAAUCCAUGGGCACUGGAACUGCUAACCGAGAAAGUGAUCAGCACUGCUGGAGGUCCUCUUAGUCCAGGUGAAGCUUUAAGAAGACUUUUGGAAUGUGUGGCUGGAGGAAUAUUACUACCAGGAAGUCCAGGAUUGUCAGAUCCAUGUGAAAAGGAACCAGUUGAUGCAAUAGGUAAUAUGACAGCUCAACAAAGAGAAGAUAUAACUGCUUCGGCUCAACAUGCAUUGAGAUUAGUCGCUUUCCGUCAAAUUCAUAAAGUUUUGGGUAUGGAACAACUUCCACCGCCCAAAUAUAAAGGCCGAUUCGCUAGAAAACGAAGACGCGACAAUAGUAACGGAGAAGGAACAGAUAGCGAAGCUUCAAAGAAAGAUAAAAAAACAGAGGAGAUCAAAAUGGAAACAGACUCCAAGUAGAUCUACCAAAAUAUUCGCUUUACCGAUUUACUCGUAACUUAUAUAGUGUAAGAAAUAAAUUUCUCUCGUGUCAAUUGCUUGUUCAGUGAAGUGUUUUCAAUAAUGGGAAGAUGUUCAAAUUUAGGACAAAACUAAUGACUGAUUAUCAUACUAUUAUAGUUAUUUUUCAUAUAUAACGAGUAUCUCUUUGGACAACUUAUGGCAUUAUUUUAUUUUUCGGUCAUGAUUUUAAUGACAAAAAUCUUUAUUAAGGUUACAUUGUAUCAUCGUAACUUGACUUUUUCUUAUGAACGCAUAGUAACAAUCGGUCUAGGAUUUCUAUUAAAGUAUACGUUCGACGUGUUAAUGACGAAAAUUAACUGAUAAACAUUGACGUGUUUCUUCCGAUCGCUUUGAACAUGUUAAUUUUUAAGUAAAUUUUAAGUGUCAUUAAUGGAAGAACAUAAUGUUUCAAAUUUCAGUUAUUUAUUUUACGUAAGAAGUAUUUCUGCAUUAUUACAAAAUAAUAUAUAGAUGCUACACCGUUUGUAAAACGAAUAAAAAAAAUUUUUUUUGUAAUUAUAUGUUAUGAUAGAAAGUUUCUGAAACUACUCGAUAUCUUUCCCAAACAGGCAAUUGGUACGAUUAGUUCAGCACUAGAAUUUUGUCGAAGGAAAUGAUCAAUAUGUUAAUUAGUUUGGAUUACUUAUUUAGCUAUAUUUCAGAGUCACAAUGUAUGAUGGAGUUUAAUAGAAGUGGCGGUAAAAAGGAAAAUGAAAAUGAACAUUUAUAAGUUUUGAAGUUAAGAGUAGGUUAGUUUGUAUUGAGAAUUCGUGUGUAUGUUGUGUGUGUAGUCGUAAAGGAGUGCAGAAUGUUUUCCUGCACCAGAUAACUCUUAACACCGUACGUUCAUGUUGCGUGUACUAAUUCACGCAGAAGAUUCUAAGAAAGCAGAAUUGCAAAUCAAUUAUUUAAAAAAUAGACGCUUUGCUGACCAAAUGAGGGUUAAGUGCACGUGUCAAGAAUUCCUAAUAAUUUGCUGUUGUUUCGUUUAAAGAUCUCACAUGAAAGCAAAAAAUGUUCACAUUUAAUAAAUUUCUUUUCUGACACAGUGUAUGGAUCUUCUGUUGUACACAUGCAAAUCCUCUUUGAAUAAAUCGAACAUGCAUGAGAUAUAAGUAUAA